AUGCCUGGCAUUCCCCCCGGUGCUCUCGACAACAUUGUCGGCAAGCUCAAGGCUGUCUUCAAGAAGAAGAAGUCUGGCGAGCCUGCGCAGCCCACCCAAUCCAAGCCGGCCGCCGACGCGACGCAGCCCGCGACCACCGAGGCCAAGCCUCUCGAGGCUGCCACAAACGCGGUCCCUGACGACAAGAACACCACGACCGCCGCUGGCCUCAUGCCUCCUGCCGAUCCCACCGCAGACCCCAACGCCACCAAGCCUCCUGUAGAGGAGCCCAAGGCCACAGACGCUGCCACCGCUGCUACACACGCUGUUCCUAAGGAUCCCGCUGUGACCACGGCGGCUGGCCUCGCGCCCGCUGCUGAUCCCACUGCCGACCCCAACGCCACCAAGUCUGCUGUCGAGGAGCCCAAGGCCACAGACGCUGCCACUGCUGCUACACACGCUGUUCCCAAGGAUCCCGCUGUGACCACGGCGGCUGGUCUCGUACCUCCUGCUCCUGCUGCCGCUGCUGGUAAGUUUGCUAUCAUGGAUGGACAACUCAACCUGACCAUGCUAGCUGAUCCCGCCCCUGCUGCGCCUGCUGCCGCAGAGCCCAAGAAGGAAGAGGCUGCUCCUACCGAGCUUCCUACCGAGACCAAGGAGACUCCCGCUGCCCCAGCCGUUGCAGAGCUGCCUGCCAAGGAGGCCCCUGCUACUGAGCUGCCCGCCGAUACCAAGGAGGCCCCUGCGGCUCCCGCGGCCGAGCUGCCUACCGAGGAGGAGAAGACGACUCCUGCCGCGCCGGCUGCGACUGCUUAA